AUGUCAGAUGAGCCAGAGCAGGUUGGCGUCGUUGUCCCCGAUGUUACGAUGAAAGACCUGCUUGAUGCCAUUCCGGCCCAUUGCUUCAAGCGGUCCGCAGUCAAGUCUUCAAUGUACCUUGUCUGGCAUCUCUCAAUCAUCGCUACCAUUUACAAGACCACCACCUACCUCGACACGCUCAUUAGCCCAGCAAUCUUCAACGCUCCGCACCCAUUCGUUUAUUCUCUUGUGCGUUUUGCUUUGUGGAGCUUGUACGGAUUCUGGGCGGGCCUUUUCGGGACUGGUAUCUGGGUAAUCGGCCACGAGGCUGGGCACCAGGCUUACUCGGAGUCAAAGCUGAUUAACAAUACCAUUGGCUGGAUUCUCCAUUCCGCUCUUGGGGUUCCAUACCACAGCUGGCGUAUCACUCACGCCAAACACCAUGCCUCAACAGGUCAUAUGACACAGGACCAAGUCUGGGUCCCUAAAACUCGUAGUCAACGGGGUCUUCGUCCCUUUGAUCCCAAACGUGAAGACAGACUAGGCGCACGUGCUUCUCUUGAAGUUCAGAAAGAGCUGCAAGAAGCGAUAGGCGACUCUCCUAUUGGCGCUGCCUGGCAAGUCGCCAUGUAUGUUCUGCUUGGCUGGCCAAUGUAUAUAAUCCGCAACAAGUCUGGCCAGCGACGCUAUCCAGCAUAUGUCACCAACCACUUCAACCCCAAGGCAGUCAUGUUUUCCCCACACCACUACAGGGACAUCAUCGUGUCUGAUGUUGGCGUCGUAUUAUGGCUUGCUGGGAUCAUAUACGCGAGCCUGCAGUAUUCAUUCGCGACUGUCUUCACCGUAUAUCUCGUUCCCUACCUCUGGAUCAACCACUGGCUUGUUCUGAUCACCUUCUUACAACACACUGACCCUCUCCUGCCGCACUACCGCGCACCACAAUUUAAUUUCCAGCGUGGAGCACUCGCUACGCUGGAUCGGUCGCUUCUCGGUGACCUCGGCUCGGUUGCUGCUUGGAUCGGUGCCCAUGCAACCUGUGGUAUAUCGGAGACCCACGUCACCCACCAUAUCUGCAGCAAGAUCCCACACUACAAUGCAUGGGAGGCGACUGAUGCGCUCCGAGAGAAGGUCUUAAGGCCAGCAGGCGUUCGAUGGGAAGGCGCGGCCGGAGGCUGGGCAGAAAUGUACCGCGUUUUCCGGGAGUGCCGUUUCGUGGAGGAUGAAGGUGAUGUCGUGUUCUACAAAAAUGCCCGUGGGCUGGCCAAGGCACGGCCUGUGUUCAACGAUCUGGGUGCGAGUGACUCGGGGAUCGAGAUUUUUGACGGCAAGAAUUAG